AUGAAGGGUCAUAUGGAAGAGAUCAUAUUUCAAGGGUUUAGCAUGCCACAGGAAAUGCUUCUGAACCUUCCUGACUGCAAGUUGCAGCUCAAGAUACUUCUCUUUCGGUACUGAGUGUAAUAUUCUUUCAGUCUUGGAAUGUCUUCCUCGGGAAUAAUUAAUGAGAAUGCUUCCCAAUUCAAAACCUCGAAAAAUGGAGGCACAAAAUUGUCAGAUAUGAUCACAGGUACACACUCAUAA